AUGGCCUCCGUUAUAAGGCGAUAUUCGCCUUUUUUAUGUAGGAUUUUAAGGAAAUCUUUUCAUCGGGACAUGCGUCUAGUAGUUUCUAACUUAGGAAACUACAACUUUGAUCUUAGAUAUAAAUAUACCGAUGCUAGCAAGUACAAAGAGUUUAAAGGUAAAUAUAAGAAUUCGAGACCGGACGUGGUUGCUUCCGAUAGCGAAGAUUCAAGGGAACUAGAUUUGGACGAUAGCGAAUAUGAUGCAAUUGUCAAUAGUGCUAUGCGGGUGCAGAAGAGACUUCAGGACGAGCAGCAUGUUUUCAUUAUUCAACCAUACGUGAAAUGGGGACCGAAAAAGACUUCCACUAAACCGGAACAUCAGCUAAAGGAAGCCGAAGCGUUGGUUCAUUCGAUUCCAAAAUGGACAGUCGAAUGCGCUCUUAAAGUGCCUCUGGAAUCGUUAGAGAAAAGACAACUUUUUGGAACGGGAAAGUUGGAAGAGAUAAAAGCUUCCUUGAAGAAUCUUCAGGCUUCCGGAAAGUUGAUUACCUGCGUAUUCAUUAGCAAGGGAACCCUAUCGUUUGGUCAAAAGCAAUUGCUUGAGCAGCACUUCAAACUCCCAGUUAUGGAUCGCUAUUCGGUGGUAAUCCAAAUUCUUCGAUUACAUGCUAUCAGCAUCGAGGCAAAGCUUCAAGUGGCGAUGGCUGAAAUUCCCUACAUUUGGUCCCUGAUGAAGGAUCAGGAAGCAACAAGAUCGAGCAACCGUGUCUAUUUGACAGAAUCCCAAAAGCAGAUGCUUCGCGUUCGGGAGCGAAAGCUUAAUAAUGAACUUCAAGAAGUACGUUCACGGCGAGAUCUACUACGAAAUAAACGCAAACAGAAGGCAUAUCCAACUGUGGCAGUCGUUGGUUAUACAAAUGCGGGUAAAACUUCGCUUAUUAAGGCUUUCACGGAGGAAAAGUCCUUAGAACCAAAGAAUCAACUGUUCGCCACUUUGGAUGUUACGGCUCAUGCUGGAAAGCUUCCGUGCAAGUUGGAGGUGCUUUUCAUGGAUACAGUCGGUUUUAUGGCCGAUAUUCCCACCGGUUUGAUAGAAUGCUUCAUAGCCACUCUCGAGGAUGCAAUGUUUGCUGAUGUCAUCGUGCACGUUCAAGAUGUUUCACACGAAAAUUUUUUGGAACAAAAGAAACACGUGGAGCACACUUUGGCUUCCCUGAAAAAAUCCGUCGGACACGAUGAACCGGGGCUUAGCAACGUGAUCGAUGUGGGCAAUAAGAGUGACCUAGUGGAGGAUCAUAGUUUGCUGCGUAAGCAACAUCCAAACCUUCAGCUGGUGUCAUCGGAAACUCUUCACGGAGUCCACGAUCUACUGAUGGAAAUCGAACGCAAAGUUUUGCUUACUACAGGACGGCAAAAAAUUGUCAUUCGAGUUCCGAUGGGUGGUCAAGAGGUGGCCUGGCUGUACAAGAAUUCGGCGGUUACGGAAACGAUCGCUGAUCCGCAGGACAGCCAACGGUGCCUUGUCAGUGUGAUCAUAACGGAAGCCAAGCUGCAACAGUUCAGGCAUCGGUUCGUUAAAGGCCACCGCACUAGUUGAUAGAAUAAUCGAAACGGUGCUUUAUAUUUUUGUCGG